AUGUUUGCCCCGGCAUGGUCAACGACGACGACGAACUCACGCAAUGGCUCGCAGUCUAGGAUCAGCUCUGUGAAUGCUGCUACUACACCGCGCCGCACCGGCACCCCUACCGCGCCGACCCCGACGGCCGCGGACGAUCCGACCCCGCCUUCCUCGGCCAGUUCCUCGGUCGAGCAUCUCCCCUUGCACGAUCCCGAGGCUCAACCCUCGCCCUCGAUCCUGUUGAACCCUCUCCCCGUCAAGCCCGCUGAUUCGUCUAGAUCGCCCCCGUCUCGAACGACGGCGUUGCUCAGCAAGCUCGGCGUUGCGGGCAGCAGCGCCGACGAUCCCCCGUUGUCGGGUUCGCCCGAUUCGGUGCCCCGCAUUGUUGAUUCUCGUGGCCGACGACCGUCCAUCGUCGCCCGGAUCGCGUCGAUCGAGACCGAAGCUCCGCCUCAGCACUUCCUCGACGACAACCCCGAAUUUGAGAUCUCGUCACACCCUCCACAUGCGCAGCCUGAGUCGAGGUCUAGCAGCGCGACCGGUCUCAGGACCGCGGGCAAUCCGUUCGAAGGCGCUGACGUCGAGGACAUUGGCGGUGCCGCUUUCGGUCGAAGAACGACCUCGUGCAGUCGCGAGGCGAGAUUGCGCUUCGCCGAGCUACCACCGGGGCGGCGCAUGUAUCGAUCCAACUCGCUUUCUAUUGGUGUGGCGUCGAGGGCGAGGAUGUUGUCGAAUCAAGGUGCCGGAGGGGGUGGCGCUCGCCCCAAUAUGCAGCAAGCUCGCUACGCCGGUCCGUUCUUCCCUGCCCUAUCAUUCGAGGAGGCUCGAGAGAGGUGACUUACCUUGCUUGACGUCGUGUGACUAUCCUUGUUAGGUCCACAACAAUGGUAUCAACAGGGCGGGCAGACGCCCGAGGACAUCUACACCUACAAGGAUCUACAAAAGGGCUUGACGAAAUUGUGGGGCAAGGUCCGCAAGCGCUCCGGCUCGAGUGUCUCGACAACUUCGUCCUCUUCAGCGGCCGAGGCUUCGAGAAUGGAGGCCGAUGCCAAGGGCAAAUCGAAGGAGAUUGAACACAUCGAGGAAGCCGACGAGGACGAGCCGUCCCAGGACGAGGAGGCGGUCGCUUCCGAGGAAGAGGAGGACGACAAAACCAGCGCGCAGGCCCUCGGACUCGACUUGGGACCUCGAGAAGGUUCGAUCGGUUCGGACUCGACAUUCGGUACCGAAGAUGUACCUCAGACACCCGAAGAUGGUGCUCACCUCCAUCUGGCGGGCUUGACAGUAGAGCCACAGCCGUGGACGAGCGCGCAAAAGGGCAAGGGCGUGGCUCGGAGGCAGACCGACGCAGUCGUCGUAGUUUGA